AAUGAAAUGUCACCCACGUCUUAUUCUUAGGGGGUCUGUAUCUGUGAGUCAGUCGUACACUUAUUUGGCAGAGAAAGUUCAAGUCCAAUCUCUCCCGUGUUGAUCUCCCGCUUCGUAUUCCGGUAGUAUGGGUCGAAAGAAGUCCUCGGCCCAUCGGCAAGUGAGCCCCCGAACCCGCUCCCAGACUCAGGGUGGGCCUUCGCCUGGAGCGGACCAGGAUGAGGAGGAUUGGCAAUCUCCGACUUCCAAAGAAGCCGAAGUCAAAUUUUACACCACCUUGAGGUCCCGAGAAGGUCGUGGCGCCGAUGUGCAAGUGGUGUCGAAACGGAAGUUACGCCCAGAUCCGGAAACUUACGAUCGGAUGAAGGCCAAGUUUGACGCUGUGGUCCAGAAUGCGCGCACUCGAGCUCAAUCGGCUCCGGGAGAAGAUGCCGAGGGUGCGGUGAUGCAUCCCCAAGCCACCAGCAUCCUCUGGGUCACGCAUUUCAAUGUGUUUUUGUAUGCCACUUGCUUCUUUAUUCAAGUGGGGACCAUGCCGUACCUCUCUAAAUCCUUGGGUGCCGAUCCAACUACCUUUGGACAGUUGCAGACUGCGUUUGCUAUUGCUCAAUUAUUAGGCGGGCCUAUCUACGGUCGCUUGGGUGAUCUUUUCGGUGAACGACUGGCUUUAAUGGUGGCCUUUGCCUCGGCUGGCCUUUCAUACUUCUUAAUGGGCAUCUCAUACACAAUUCCCAUCCUCUUCGCCUCUCGCCUUCCGUCAGUCUUCAUGCACGUGAUGCAAGGUUCCCAAAUGGUCGUUACGUACUUGUCAGACAACAAAAGCCGGGCCACCGCUUUGUCACGUUUGGGUUUUUCUUACGGCAUUGGCAUGGUCGUUGGACCCACUCUAGGCGGAUAUGUAUCGAAAUUCUUUGGAGAACAAACAGCUGCCCUAGUUGCGGCUGGCGGUUCAUUGAUCAGUUUGAUUCUGGUCUUUAUUUGUGUGCCGUACAUUCCCAAACAAACGGCCAAACCCGCUGAGCGUGGAAGUGUGUUUAAUGUGGCCGAAAUCUUAAAAUUACUCACCAUUCCGCGUGCCAGUCUGGUAUUACUCAUCAAGUUAGCUUGCGGAAUCCCCAUCGGUGUUCUUCAAUCCAUGUUUUCGGUGAUUGCUAUGGAGCAAUUUGGCCUUCCGGCAGAAAAGAAUGGCAUGAUGUUGUCCUACAUUGGCGUCGUAUCUCUUUUCAUGCAAGGAAUUGGCAUCAGUUUCUGUACGAAGCUGCUGACGGAUCACACUUUACUGGGCGUGGCCAGUUUGAUCCUCACCUUAUCAUAUUACCUUUUGACCAUGAUCCACACGGCCUACGAGUUUUUGGCUCUACUCCUGCCUUUGGUUUGUGCCUUAUGUCUCGUGAAUUCUAUCCUUACGGCGGCCUUAACCAAGACCGUGCCCAAAUCUCAAGCUGGCACCAUGCUGGGCUUAAAUAUGGCCGUGAACUCAGGUAUCCGAUCCGUGGCACCCACUUUUGGUGGAUUCAUCAUGAACAACUACGGAUUUCAAUCCCUUGGGCUUUUGGGCGUGGGCUGCAACGUGGUUGUGUUAGGCAUCUUAAAGUUCGUCCAAUUUGGCAAAACCGAUAAGGAAGAGUAAUGGUUUUGUUUUGCCAUCAACUUCUUCAAGCUUUACCUAAAUUGCUCUAAUGUCAUUCCGUUGUCAUUUGUUAAGUUUUCUACAGCCAAUUUCAAUAGAAAAUUAUAAUCCUCCGAG